UAUAAUUAAUAAUUUCUUUAACCUUAGGCAAUGUUUUUCCUCAUAUCCCAAAACUCAAACUUCUAUUUCACCUUUUUAACCAAAUUAAUCCAAAUAGUAAUAAGAUUAAAUCCCCAAAAACUUUACUAAAAAACACACAAAAAAGCCAUCCAGCCCAUUGUAUUAAAAUUCUAUCUCCUAACUUUAAUUGAAAGGUCCAAAAAGUCCUAUAGGACAAUUUAGUUGGCCAUAUAUUAUUAACACACUUAUGACAAGUAUCAACAUAACAUACUAUGGGGUUAUUUUUGACAUUUCUCUUUCACUUCUCCAAAUAUAAACAAAACCCAAAAAAAAAACUAAAAAAAAAAAUUAAUACCCCAUCUCACUCUCUCUCUAAAAACUCGUAAACACAAUUACACAUUCUCUCUCCUCUCUCUCUCUUAUGCAAAGAAGAGGACGACUUUGGCUUUCUUAUUUCUUCUAUCAAAAUUUUUGUUGCUAAACCAAACACUUCCUAAAGCUUACACCUCUGAAGAAACUAUGAUGGAUUCAGGUCACCUGGAUCAAGCAGACAAAAGCUCACCAGAAACAUUAUCUGAAUCCUCUCUCUCGCCGGAUUCUCUUGAUUCAAAUGACAUAUUUGGAGAACCGCUGGUGCAUCCACGAGUUGGUGAUGAGUACCAGGUGGAAAUCCCAUCUAUACUAAACAAGUCUGAACAUCUUCAGUUAAUGAUGAAUCCAGCAGACACAGAAGGCUUAAUGGACUCUUCCCAUUCUUUUUUGAUGGGACUUCCCUUACCAGUGAUGUGGGUCUAUAACAAGGCAAAUCUAACCAAAGAUGGGAUGGAACUUUGCACCAACUCCCAUGCAGUUUGCACAAAUGGGGUUGUCGAAUCUGAAAAAGUUGCGGCAAUGAGCCAGAUGGCUUUAGUAAAGGAAGAGUCCAAUGUCAAAGCUGAUGCCCCUAACCGAACAUACUGCCUCGUUCCCGGUCAAUCAAGGGGUUCAUGGAGUGAUUUUGAAGCUGAUUGCUUCCUACUUGGGUUGUAUAUAUUUGGGAAGAAUCUUCUUCUAGUGAUGAGGUUCAUGGAGAGCAAACGGCUGGGACAAAUUUUGGCAUAUUAUUAUGGGAAGUUUUAUGGGUCCAGUGGAUAUCGUAGAUGGUCUGAAUGCCGGAAGAUGAGAAACAGGAAGUGUGUACUUGGACAUAGAUUUUUCACAGGAUAUAGGCAGCAUGAACUUUUUGCUCGUUUAUCCCCUCAUCUCUCUGAAGAAUCCAAAACUAAAUUAUUGGAGGCUUCUAAGGCAUUUGCUGAGGGAAGGACAACAUUAGAUGAAUAUGUUUCCUCACUCAAAACGUUGGUUGGCAUACAUGCUUUAGUAGAAGCUGUAGGAAUUGGCAAGGGAAAGGAGGAUCUCACGACAUUCAUCUUGGAUAGCUCAAAGAACAGCCAAAUGUUCACUCACCGGUCUGAAAUUCCUUCCGGCAAGGCCUGUUCUUCUCUUACCUGUGCUGAGAUAGUAAAGUAUCUAACAGGAGAUUUUCGUCUUAGCAAAGCUCGAUCAAAUGAUCUCUUCUGGGAAGCUGUUUGGCCUCGUUUGCUAGCAAGAGGUUGGCAUUCUGAGCAGCCAAGAGGCGAUGGCUAUGCAGGCUCAAAGAAUUGUUUAGUUUUUCUUAUGCCCGGGAUUAAGAAAUUUUCCCGUAGGAAGCUCUCGAAGGGAGAACACUACUUUGAUUCUGUCAGUGAUGUCUUAGCUAAGGUUGCCGGUGAACCAGAGCUUCUCGAGCUGGAGGCUGAUGAAACUGGACCUAGCAGCUCCAAAGUAGAAAAUGGCUGGGCCAUAGAAUUGAAAUCAGACAAUGAUCAAGAUUCUUCUGAUCAUGAACGCCAUUGUUACCUGAAGCCUCGUGUUUCCUCAGUAAUUUCAAAUCUUUUCAAGUUCACUGUAGUUGAUACCAGUCUGGCUAAUGAAGAUAACCCAACGAAGGUGAGAGAACUGAGGAGUUUACCUCUUGAAGCUAAAAGAUGUUCUUUUAGAACAACUGAUAUAAAAUUGGAGGUUAGUACUGAUACUAUGAGAAGUGGUCUUCAAAGCCAAACUUCUUUUACUCAUUCAAAAGGAUUAACGAGUAUAACUGGUCCAAGCGAAAGAAUGCCAGGCAGUAGUAACUUGGAACCUCUAAAAAAGUCCGCUGAUGCUAAUAUACUGACAGACCACAAAUCAAGAACCAUAAAACACCAAUUCAGCCGUCGUAUAAAACCUGGCCCCUCAAGCUGCGCAGGUUCAGUCACAAAAAGACGGAGGGUAGUUUCUUGCGUUGAGGCGGAGGUGACUUGUGUUUUGAGCUUACCAGCUAGAGCUAAUAAAAGAGGUGCUGCUUCUAGGGCUAUGAUGACAAACAAUGCUGUUCCGUCUAGUGAGAGUAAGCCUGGAAAUGUGAAAGUAUCAUCUGCCGAAUCUUUAGUUGCAGGAAUUGCCAAUGUGAGGAUUCUCCAAGGAAAAUGUUUGACCCAUGAUGGUUCUAUAUGUCCCCAGGAAAAUGAAAAGUUGCCUCGAGAACAGAAUGUUAUCGACUUGAACUUGCCUCAGGUUCCUGAGAGUGAUGACAACGUAAAGCUGGAAGAAGGAGAAAGUAGUUCCCCUCAACAGCCAGACGGUGAGAAGCCAGAGCAUACAGAUGCUGCCACCAUUGGCCCCUCUGAUACAAAGGAGCCCUUGGUGUGUUCUGUCUCUGUGGGAUCCACUAAAAAGAGCGAAGAUCCAUCAGAUCAACAGCCGAGAAGACAAAGCACUAGGAGUCGACCUCUUACAACCAAAGCACUUGAAGCUCUUGAAAUUGGGUUCUUAAACCCAGUUAGGCAGAGUCGAAAGCGCUCUUCGUCUACAGCACAAGAUCAAAAGCCUAAACGUACUCGUCAACCACGCAGCAAAAGCAACAUGUUCCCCUCUGGUAUGGAUUUUGAGGUGAGGGAAGCCGUUGAUGAGAACUGUAAUGGAAAGAUGGAUACUCUGAUCAAUGCUAUCCCUACUGAGAAGGCAACUAUAACUCGUGAAUUGCUAGGGCGUUCAGAAACUUCCUUUUCUCCAGCAGCGACAUCACAGGAGAUGUUUACAUAGUCAAACACUAUUAUGUGAUAUCUUAAGUGAUAUUAACCAAAAGCACACCUCUCUGCUAUAGAAAUCAUUAAACAAUUUAGGAGUGCGAUCUUUAGGCUCGUAUGAAGUCAUGGCCAGGCAUUCCAUGAUUCACAGCUGCUUGGUCGUGAAUCAUGAACGUUGCUGAUACUGUAUAUACAGCACACAAAAACAAGAAAAUUUUUAGGCUGAAAUUAGAGCUGUCGAACAUGAGUUUGCGGAGCGCGAAAGUUAAGCUAGAAAUUUGACAGUUUAUUGAGGUGAGGUGGGAGGAUUAUUUUAGAAAUUGCUCUUGGCUUGUCAAAAUGUCAUUCACUGGCUGACAUUGUUUAUAGAAGUAUGUCUAAAUACAGGUAAAAGACCAGAAAGAGCUCUUUGAUACCUGCUGAUUGACAUUUCCUUUGAUUCAGUAAAAUUUCAGUUUCCUACAUUCAAAAAAGUGUAUUAUUUUUGUUACAAGUUUUCAUAUUUCUUUCUUUGGAUAUAUUGUUGGUAGACUUUAUUUAGAUACAAUUGAUCAAAGUUUUUUGAACACUAUGGCUGAAUCAAUCGAGCUGUGCAUAGUCCAGUUUCAUAUGGUGUAUCAUGUAGCAAUGUUGCUUGGCUAAUGACCUGUGAUUGAUGUUGGUUUUUUGUUCAUUGUGAACACUGUAAUAUCA